ACACCUUCCAAUAGCAUAAAAGUUUGCCAUAUUCUGUUCUAUUUCUACACUCAAAAUUAUGAGCUGAAAAUAACUGUACAUUUCAUUUAGUUCAAUUCUCGAGCUGGCAGAUCUCGGCCAAAAAUGUUGAUGCUCGAACCUCAGUCCGCCGCCGUCUGGUUCUCCGCCGCAAACUUCGACACUUCAGUUCGCACCAUCUCUCACUCCGCAGCCUUCUUCGUCCCCCCUAGUAGUAAUUGCAGAAGGUGUGGCGGCAGAGUGAUGAGCAGAGAUGGAAUUAGAGCGGCGGCGAAAGAGCAGAAUUGGAGCUCGGGGUGGGUGAAGCAGAACGCGAUGCCUCAGAGAUAUCAUCCUCUCGAGGAAAUCGCGGAGUCGGAGUUAUUGGAGAAUGGAGAUGCUAGGCUGACGCCUGCUGAGACUACGCGAACUAUAAUUGAGGUGAAUAGCAAGGCUACACUUUUCUUUUCUGGUUUGGUAAAUGAAGACAUUUAUGACAACAUUUUCUGGCCAGAUUUACCUUAUGUAACUGAUGAACAUGGAAAUAUAUACUUUCGAGUGAAGAAUGAUGGAGACAUCCUGCAAAAUCUAGCGACUGACGAAACCAUUGUGCAAGUCAUCAUCGGACUUGACAAUGCAGAAAUGAUUAGCCAGAUGGAGGCACUAGGUCAUUCAGAAAUUGAUUUUGGCAUAGAGGAGCUUGAAAAUGAGGAUAGCUAUGAUGAUGAGGAUGAAGAAGAUGCUGAUGAUGGAGAAGAGGAAGAUAAUUAUGAAAAAGACUGGGUUGCCAUUCUUGAUGAGGAGGAUCAGGAUGAAGAAUUUGAUGGAACACUGGGAGACUGGGCUAAAUUGGACACCAUGCGCUCUUCUCAUCCAAUGUACUUUGCCCAAAAGCUAGUAGAGGUUGUGUCAGAUGCUCCUUUAGAUUACAUGGAUCAGCGUUCUACUGGCCUUGCAGUACAAGGCCUUCUAAGACCUGCAUUUGUAGAAGAACACUCAGUCAUCCAAAAACAUGCAUCUGAUACUGAAUCUAGUGACAUUAAUACAAAUCAUGUUGCUGGUAAACAAAUACAAGGCAUUCUGCGGAUUAAUGGCCAUGAAAAAGAAAAAGAAUUGGCACAAGGCAAUGUAAGUAGGGCAGAAGAACUGGAGAAGGAUGAAACCCUGGGAAAUGGAUAUGUGUUUUACGAGCUAGAGAUGAUUAAGAUUCAGUUAAUUUCAUCACAUGGAGAUCAGGGUUUUCUUGAAAUAGAAGAUUUUAGGAGGGCUCAACCUGAUGCGAUAGCACAUUCGGCUGCAAAAAUUAUAUCCCGCCUCAAAGCUGGUGGAGAAAAAAUCACGCGAGCUCUAAAAUCUCUAUGUUGGAGAUGCAAGGGUAUUCAAGUAGAGGAAUGUGUUCUUAUAGGAGUUGACAGCCUUGGUUUUGACUUGAGAGUUUGCUCGGGAAGACAAGUUCAGACACUGCGUUUUGCAUUUAAGAAACGGGCGUCAUCAGAGUAUAGUGCUGAAAGACAACUAAAUGAUUUACUGUUUCCUAAAGUCCACAAAUUCCAACAAGUGAAAGAACCUCAACAAACCGAGUUUUAGGUUCAAGAACUCAACUUCACUUACGUAUCUCUAUAUUAUAUGCUUACAGACCACUUGCUGUAUAUAUAGCGUGUAUGGACAAUCUCUCAGUUUCAGAUCCCCCUUUAUUACUUAAUCCAAGUUCAUAAUGAUGAAACUUUUGGCACAUUUUUA